UUUUCCCUCCUUCGUGGUUGCCCUGAAAGCUGCUGUCUUCAACGGUCCCGCUUUACCGGCCCUGGUGCAUGAGAGCUCUGGCUGCCAGCUGUCUACCCGGUUGAGCUUAUCAACUCCUACGCCUCGGCCAGAGAGGGCUGGGGGGAAUUUCCUGCCACAAUAUCAGCUGUUUUUCUGUUUGAUUCCUCUUCCUUCACGCCAUUCACCACCUCUACUCUCACUAUUUCCUGGAAGUGAACACUUUCUCAUGUCCUCCAGAAUCACUCGCUCAGCCGCGAGAGUAGCUGCAGACUCUCUUCCGUCCACCAGUCCCGACCCCUCUCCUGCGAACGCGGCCGCUGGUUCGGCGUCGACUCGGAAGCGAAAGGCCCCCGCGCGAUCAGAUCGAUCGGUGGACGCCCCGGAACAACCGAACUCCUCGUCGCCCCGGAAAACCAAGCGACAGCGACGUGCAGCUUCCCCCCACGUCCCGGCCCCGUCUGCUACCACUCGCCGUGGUACUCGCAACCGUCCAGCCAUGUCCCAACCCGGCCCAUCAUCACGUCCUGCGGAGGAGUCGUCAAGGAGUCAAACAUCCCCUCCGGCAUCCAGGCGGAAGUCCAGUAAGAGUGGGAAGGUGUCACAAGGUAAGAAACGAACACAGCGUGGGAGGAAGCUUUCCUACCUUUCGACUCACCUUUCCGUGGCGCUUGUGCGAUGGCUAAUCUGACCUGUGGUAGCAGAUCGCCUUUCGGCAACCCAGUCUCCAUCUC